AUGGCGAGAGAGAAGCUCGAUAGCAAGACAAUUGCUCAUCAAUUGCUUGUUGAGCUCCUAGUCCAUCAAUUCGCGUUUCCUGUAAAAUGGGUCGACACGCAAGAGAGUCUGCUCUCAGGCAAAGAUGCUGUGGAUCGCUUCAUCGAGUUUGGUCCUUCCAGCGUGCUGCUUGGCAUGGGUCAAAAGACGAUAAAGCGCAAAGUCCAGUCCGCGGAACGACCAGCAGAAGCCAAUGUCCAAUUUCUCGCCAUGGAAGAGCCGACAGCGCAGGAGCCAGCGCCUGAAGCUGCACCAGAAAGACCGCGGCUGACACGAGCAACGACGACCUCGACGAAGUUGCUAGAGCCUAUGACCCCGUCAGUGACUAUAGCGGAUGUGCCGGUAUCAGCGGAAGAGGUCGUUCGAGCUCUCGUGGCGAGGAAGUUAAAGAAGCCCAUACUCAGCAUUCCAACGACAAAGUCGGUGAAAGAGCUAUGCAACGGCAAAUCAACAUUGCAGAACGAGAUCGUGGGAGACUUCCACAGCGAGUUCACGAACCUUCCCGACAGGCCAGAAGACAUCCCUCUCAAGGAACUGGUGCCCGCAUCUGCCAGUGGCGGGAGUCUCAUGCUUGGCAGAGUAUCAUCGGCACUGUUGGCGAAACUCGUGUCCUCCAAGAUGCCCGCCCGCUUCAAUGCUGAUGCCAUCGGCAAGUAUCUUGCGUCCAAAUGGGGCCUUGGACCACUGCCAAGCGUAGCAGUCAUGCUAUUCGCCAUCGCCUCAGAGCCAGAAGCACGACUUGCUUCUCUGCCUGCAGCUGAAAAGUAUCUCGAUGAUACGGCAGCCAAAUACGCCGAGUGGGUUGGCAUUACACUACAAGCUCGAUCGGCUCAGAGUACUGCUGGUAACAGUGGCUCAUCAGGAGCAGUUGAUCCGACAGUCCUUGCGGAGCUUACCAAAACCAACACCAGAAUGGCCAAGAAGCAAUUCCAAGCACUGGCCGAGUAUCUGCAGGUCGAUCUGAUGAAGCCAUCAUCGACUCAGGAGUCGGAGGCGAUGGCAGCAGAGCUGCAACAGAAGCUCGAUGCUUGGACAGCCGAGUUCUCCGAAGACUUCUUGACUGGCGUUGCUUCGACGUUCAGUGAGAAGAAGAAUCGAAGGUACAAUGCUUGGUGGAACGCGGCAAGACAAGAUGUGUCGGCUCUGUUCACUGGUACACUUGCGGAACAGCUGUCGAACGACAAUGCAGCACUGGAUGCGUUUCUGGAUCGACUCAGCAACAGGGCAGACGACAGUUUGCUCGCCACGAUACGCAGUCUCAGCAGACGAAACCAGACCGAGAUCGUGCCCGGUCUGGCUGCCAUAGCUCAUCGCGCCGAGAAAGCAGUGUGUUCGUGCAUUGAUCGCCCAGCCACAGCAAAGGCACUUCUUCCAGCAACUCGGCCAAGAACCACAGUCUCAGACGAUGGGAACAUCAAGUUCACAGAGGUGGCGAGACCAGGCGUGAGCGGUCGUGCCGCCUACGUUGAUGUGCUGCAGUCGAAGACCCUCAAUGGAAAUCCAGCAGUGGCCCGCUUCAUCAGCCUCAAGUCGGCCGCCUCCAGCACAGACCUGACGAACGGCAUGCUAGCCCGGAUCAGGACAGCUCUAGACACAGGCAUGUCUUUCGCCGGGAAGAACAUCCUCAUCACAGGCGCUGGUCAAGGCUCCAUCGGCGCUGAGGUCGUCCAGAUCCUGCUGACUGGUGGAGCUCGAGUGAUCGUGACAACAAGUCGAGAGCCAUCGUCCACUGCCAAGUACUUCCAACAGAUGUGCGAGGAAAGCGGAGCGAAGGGGUCCGAGCUCAUCUUGACGCGAUUCAACCAAGCGAGCGCAAAGGACUGCGAGAAGUUGAUCGAUCACAUCUACGAUGCUGCCGGUCUCAAUCGCGACCUCGAUGCAUUGCUACCGUUCGCUGCAGCGCCCGAGGGUGGUACCGAGAUCCAGGAUGUUGGCGCGAAGAACGAGCUCGUGCACAGACUCAUGCUGGCGAGCGUCUUCCGCAUGCUCGGUCGAGUUAUCAAGAACAAGCGAGACCGCUCCAUCGACUGCCAUCCAACACAAGUCCUGCUGCCGCUAUCUCCCAAUCACGGAACGUUUGGUGGUGAUGGCAUGUACGCAGAGUCGAAGCUCGGAUUGGAGAGUCUGCUCAAUCGUGUCCAGUCAGAGUCGUGGUCGGACGAGUUGACGAUCUGCGGCGUGAAGAUUGGCUGGACACGUGGCACAGGCUUGAUGAAUGCCAACGAUAUCGUAGCCGAAGCCAUUGAGGACCAUGGUGUGCUCACGUUCUCGGUGCAGGAGAUGGCUUUCAACAUCGCCAUGCUGAUGACACCAGAACUUGUGGACCUUUGCGAGAAUGCGCCACUGAUGGCAGACUUUGGGGGCGGCUUGAGUGCUUUGGAAGACUGUGCCAAGAUUCUAUCAUCAGCUCGGACGGAGAUCAACACAGCUGCCGAAGUCGCCAGAGCUAUUAAGACAGAAGACGACCUCGAACGAGCAGCGACUCGAUCGGUAGCUGCACCAUCAAGCAAAUCGUCAGUAGCGAAGAAAUCGAUGCUGAGUGUCGGCUUUCCACGACUGCCUUACUUCGAGACAGAGCUCUCACCACUCGAGCACCUCCGCAAUAUGAACGACCCGGCAGAAACAGUCGUAGUCGUGGGCUUCUCUGAGCUCGGUCCAUGGGGUAGCGCACGCCUGCGAUGGGAGAUCGAAAGCAAGGGCAAGUUCAGCCAGGUCGGGUACAUGGAGAUGGCCUGGAUGAUGGACCUCAUCAAACAUGUCGACGGCCCAACCAAGACCGGCUACUACGUCGGCUGGGUGGACUCCAAGACCGGAGAACCUGUCCAUGAUGCCGACAUUGAGUCCAAAUACGGCGAGGUGAUCCGCAGCCAUAGCGGCAUCAGGUUCGUCGAUCCCGAGGGCAGCGCCGGCUACGACCCAGCCAAGAAAGAAUACCUCCACGAAAUCGCCAUCGAAGAAGACCUCCCCGAAUUCGAAGCCUCAACAGCCACGGCAGAAGCCUUCCGCCUCCGCCACGGCGCAAACGUCUCCAUAAUCCCCAUAGACGGCACCGAAAACUGCCGCGUCCAAGUAAAGCGGGGCGCCGCCAUCAAAAUCCCCAAAUCAGUCCCCUUCACCUGGGGUUCCGUCGCGGGCCAACUCCCCAAAGGCUGGUCUCCCAAUAAGUACGGCAUCCCCGAAGACCUGAUCCCACAACUCGACCCCGUGUCCCUCUACACCAUCUGCUGCGUCGCCGAGGCUUUCUACUCGGCAGGUAUUCCUGACCCGUUGGAGAUCUUCAAGCACAUUCACCUUUCCGAGAUCGGUAAUUUCCUCGGCUCCUCGAUGGGCGGUGCGCUCAAGACUAGGCAGAUGUAUCGGGACAUCUACUUAGAUCAGGACGUGCAGAGUGAUGUGUUGCAGGAGACAUAUCUCAACACUACCGGGGCGUGGGUAAAUAUGUUGUUACUUGGGAGUACGGGGCCGAUCAAGACGCCGAUGGGGGCGUGUGCGACGGGUGUGGAGAGUAUUGAUUCGGCUUUUGAGUCGAUUAUGGCAGACAAGACGAGGAUGUGUAUCGUGGGAGGAUUUGACGAUUUUCAUGAGGAUGAGUCGUACGGGUUUUCGAAGAUGAAGGCGACUGUGAACGUUGCGGAAGAGUUGGCCAAGGGCAGAUUGCCGAGUGAGAUGUCGAGGCCUACUGCUGAAAGCCGAUCUGGUUUCGUGGAAGCGCAUGGAUGUGGUGUGCAGAUCCUGUGCCGUGGUGACAUGGCGCUGGAGAUGGGACUGCCGGUCUAUGGUAUCAUUGCUGGCUCGACGAUGGCGGCUGAUAAGGUUGGCCGUUCGGUGCCUGCGCCUGGACAGGGCAUCUUGACAUUUGCCAGAGAGACCGGUCAGGCACAGUUGCAGACAUUCUUGGAGCAGACUGGCAGCGCACCGCCUUCGAGUGCGACACAAGCCUCGGAUGAUGAGAGUGGCUGUGGCUCACCAGCAACACUAGUCACGCCCCCAGGCUCUUCACAAGGGCCCAACGCUAUCAGGCGAUCGUCCUCUGGCCUGCGCAGCCAGCGACCGACUGUCUCGCCCUUGCGAGCAAGUCUAGAAACUUGGGGCCUGACCAUCGACGACUUGGAUGUAGCAUCUCUGCACGGAACCUCAACAAAGGCCAACGACAUCAACGAGCCGGAAGUCAUCUGCAAACAGAUGACCCACCUAGGCCGCACGCCAGGACGACCUCUCUGGGCGAUAUGUCAGAAAUCCGUGACAGGCCACCCAAAGGCUCCAGCAGCAGCAUGGAUGCUCAACGGCUGCCUGCAAGUCAUGGAUACACGCAUCAUCCCAGCAAAUCGCAACGCAGACAAUGUCGAUCCAGCUCUGCAGACAGCUACACAUCUCUGCUUCCCAACCAUCCCUGUGCAUGUCCAGGAUGUGAAAGCAUUCAUCUUGACCUCAUUUGGCUUCGGCCAGAAGGGUGGACAAGUCGUCGGCGUAGCACCAAAGUACUUCUUCGCUACUCUCGACGAGGAAGUCUACAAAGACUACAGUGUCCGCGUCAGGAAGCGCAGCAAGUUCGCCGACAGAGCGUACGCUAAAGCGCUAAUGUCGAAUGCGAUUGUGAAAGUCCAGGAUCACUCGCCGUACGCGCAGGAAGAUCAAUCUCGCAUCUUCAUGGAUCCUCUUUCCAGAAUAACAAAAGUGGCCGAAACUGGAUCCUACCACUUCGACGCCAAGGACAUCCGCAACGUCGCCGAUGUGAAAGCCAGGCUGACCCGCCUUGUGCGCGGCGAACGCCUCAACGCACGUCCAGAUGCCGCUAGUGGUCUUGCGCAAGCUGCGAAGUCUGCCCAGGCCUGGAUCGAGAAGCAGACGAAUGGUCGCAGCUCGCUGGACACAAGCACAGUUGGCAUCGAUCUGGUCGACCUCGGUGCCUUCUCGGCGCAUGAGAAUGAGACGUUCAUCGAGCGCAACUUCACCGAUCAGGAGAAGGACUUUGCUCGACAGAGUCUGGACCAGAAGAUGGCGUUUGCAAGCCGAUGGGCCGCUAAGGAGGCUGUGUUUAAGUGCCUGCAUACCCAGACGAAAGGGGCUGGGGCUGCGAUGAAGGAUAUUGAGAUUGUCAAGAGUGACAAUGCGCCAAAGGUGAAGUUGCAUAACGAUUGCAUCAGAGCUGGUCGUAAAGCUGGUUUGGAGGAGAUCCAGCUGAGCAUCAGUCAUGGCGAGGACUGUUUGAUCGCCGUGGCUAUUGGUAUUGCCGGCAAUGGGCCAGCGAAGUACACAUUGUGA